UGCUCCCUGAAUUUCACAGCCUUUAUCAUCAAUGCUCCUCUAACCUCAAACACUCAAAAUCCACUCAUCUAUACAUACACCUCUACUUACACACCCCAUACUCUCUCUCUCUCAUAUACACACCUCUACUUGUGUGCCAUUUUUGUAUAUAAAUAUAUAAUCUUGCACACAAUAAGGUUAUACUUCCCAUCACCUUUUCUAUCAUUUGCUCUCUUUGUUCUUCCUUUUGGUGUCUCUUCAGUGCAAAACAAUAAGUCUCUUUUUUUUUUCGGUUAUAAUAAUCAAAAGAUGAUGCUUGCGGUGGAAGAUGUGUUGAGCGAACUAGCCGGAGAAGAAAAGAACGAGAGAGGACUGCCACCUGGUUUCCGGUUUCACCCGACGGAUGAAGAGCUCAUCACCUUCUACUUAGCUUCCAAAAUCUUCCAUGGAGGUCUCUCCGGCAUUCACAUUUCUGAAGUUGAUCUCAACCGCUGCGAACCUUGGGAACUACCUGAAAUGGCGAAGAUGGGAGAGAAGGAGUGGUACUUUUACAGUCUAAGGGAUAGGAAAUAUCCGACGGGUUUGAGGACUAACAGAGCAACCACUGCUGGGUAUUGGAAAGCUACCGGGAAAGAUAAGGAGGUCUUCGCCGGCAGCGGAGGACCGCUUGUUGGGAUGAAGAAGACGUUGGUGUUCUACAAAGGUAGGGCACCACGUGGCCUCAAGACUAAGUGGGUCAUGCAUGAGUAUCGCCUCGAAACCGACCUUUCACACCGCCACACGUGUAAGGUAAAUUAA